CCAUCCUAAAACACACAACAAAAAAGAAAAAAAACUAGUCAUCUAGCCUUGGAAUCCAAAUCUUCUCCAUGGGAAGCCAAAUGAAGAAGCAAUUUGCUUGUGCUUUGGCAUUUUUCUUGAUUGCCACAUGCACUAUGGCAUAUUCACCUUAUGAAUCAUCAGAUUCAACAUACAAUAAAGUACCAAGCACAGAAGUCAAAAGUGAUGACUUCAAGGCACCCUCAGAGUCGGAAAAGGAAUAUAAGGGGUCAUUUUUGCCGAAAAAUGAUUACUAUAAGAAGUCAUCAGUUUCAGAAGAAAACUAUAAGAAGGUGUCAUAUGUUCCCGAAGUAUCAUCAACUAAACCAGAAUCUAAAGAGUCAUUUUUUCCAAAAUUUGACUACUUUAAGAAGCCAUUAGUUCAAGAAGACGACUACAAGAAGGCGUCCUAUGUUCCAGAGGUACCCACGAAGGCUAAACCAGAAUAUAAGGAGUCAUCUUUUCCAAAAUUUGACUACUUUAAGAAGCCAUCAGUUUCAGAUGAUAGCUACAAAAAGGAGUCAUAUGUUCCAAAGGUACCCUCAAUAGCUAAACCAGAAUAUAAGGAGUCAUUUUUACCAAAAUUUGACUACUUUAAGAAGCCAUCAGCUCAAGAAGACGACUACAAGAAGGCGUCGCAUGUCUCAGAGGUACCCUCAAAGGCUAAACCAGAAUAUAAGGAGUCAUUUUUACCAAAAUUUGACUACUUCAAGAAGCCAUCAGUUUCAGAAGAUAGUUACAAAAAGGAGUCAUAUGUUCCAAAGGUUGCUUCAAUGCCUAAAGAAGAAUACAAGGUGUCUUCUUUUCCAAAGAAUGACUACUUUAAGAAGCCAUCAGUUCAAGAAGACAACUACAAGAAGUCGUCACAUGUUCCAGAGGUACCAUCAAUGGCUAAACCAGAAUAUAAGGAGUCAUUUUUGCCAAAAUUUGACUACUUUAAGAAGGCAUCAGUUCCAGAAGACAACUACAAUAAGAAAGAGUCACAUGCUUCAGAGGUACCUUCUUUGCCAAAAAAUGAUAACUACAAGAAGCCAUCAAUUCCAGAAGAUAACUACAAAAAGGUGUCAUACAUUCCAAAGGUGACCUCAGUGCCUAAAGAAGAAUACAAGGUGCCUUCUUUGCCAAAGAAUGAUUACUACAAGAAGCCAUCAAUUCCAGAAGAUAAAUACAAUAAGGUGUCAUCUGUUCCAGAAGUACCCUCAGUGCCUAAACCAGAAUACAAGGUGCCGUCUCUGCCAAAAAAUGACUACGUCAAAAAACCAUCACCUUCUCCAUCACCACCACCUCCAUAUUAUUAAAUUUUCAUCUUUCAUGUUCCAUAUGUUUCAAGAAAUCAAGUCCUUCUCCAGCUCAACUUAUAUAACCCAUAGGGUUCUCAUAUUAUGAGUUUGAAGGCAUGAUAUCAAAAUUUGUAAUCCUUUAUUUGUUCUUCUUUCCUACUUUGAGUUGCAAUUCUUUUGUCAUUUAAAUUCCA